AUGUCCAAGGUCAACCACAGGGCCAAGCUCGCAGAGCUUAAGGCCCUCCGCAAGGCCGGCAAGAAGGCAUUCGACAACUACCAAGUGGAAGAUGUCAACUCCCUGUACGACGAAGUCGAUGAAGACGGCUAUAAAAAGAUUGUCCGGGAUCGCCUGAACCAGGACGAUUUCGUUGUUGACGACAAUGGCGAGGGGUAUGCCGAUGAUGGUCGUGAAGACUGGGAUCGCAUCCGUCAAUAUGAUUCAGAGAGCGACCUGGAAGAUCUUCCGGCACGGGGCCGCCCAAGCAAAGCCGGCAAAGCAAACCGCCAAGCAGAGCAAGCCAAGCGAGAUGCCAACGACCGAAAUAUUAGCGAAUACUUUGCCAAAAAUGCGACCAAGCCGCAACAAAAACCAAAGAUUGUCAAGACCGAGGAUGACGAAGACUUCAUGGCAAACCUUCUCGGCGAGGUUGACAGCAACAUUCCCGCCCCCCUUCCAAGAAUCUCAAAACAGGAGCGCUCAGGUGACCGCCGCAAGUCGAGAGCGCUUUCGCCUGCGCCGGAGCCGUCUGGCAAGAAGCAGAAGCGACUUGACACUAGACUCCUGUCGCCGCCAUCUCCCCUCCCUCAGAGUGAUGACGGAUACAUGCCACCUCUGGAAGACGAUUCCAUGCCUGCAAGCGACGUAUUGAUGAGCGACCCGGCCCCGUCGUCCCCUGCCGCCAAGGUAGCUCGGCGCAAAGCCCAAUUGAAGCAAGAAAUCAAGAAGGAAGAUUCCGACGACGAGGACACCAUGGAAGUCGCUCACGCCGCCGCUGUUACAACCACCUCGGUCAAUUUGGCCAGUUCUCGCCCUAUCAAGAAGCUGCGCAAAGAAGAGCACUACCCAUCCCCAGCUAGCUCAUCGCCCGUAAAGCCGGUUGAUGACGUUGAUUCCUCGUCCUGGAACAAAUUGACAGAGAAGCUCAACGUCGUCAGCAACCCUUCAGAGACCCGCGGCGUGGGUAAGAUUGACCACAAGGACACCGUUGAGGCUGAUGGCAGCCUCAACUUUUUUUGGACUGAUUACACUGAGGUCAACGGCAGUCUCUGUCUCUUCGGCAAAGUCCUAAACAAGAAAACAAAAGAACACGUAAGCUGCUUUGUCAAGGUUGACAACAUUCUGAGAAAGCUUUACUUCCUGCCUCGUGAGCACCGCAUUCGCGAUGGCGAAGAGACCGACGAGACCGUUGAAAUGAUGGACGUUUACAACGAAGUCGAUGAGAUCAUGACCAAAAAGAAUGUUGGCAUGUACAAGAUCAAGGCCUGUACUCGGAAAUACGCCUUUGAACUACCUGGCGUACCAAAAGAAGCACAGUACAUGAAGCUUCUCUAUCCCUAUACCAAGCAACAAAUCGAUCCCAACGCCACCGGCCAGACCUUUUCUCAUGUUUUCGGCUCCAACACAGCGCUGUUCGAGCAGUUUGUCCUUUGGAAGAACGUCAUGGGCCCUUGCUGGCUCAAGAUCGAAGACGCUGACUUUGGCGCGAUCAAGAAUGCUUCUCACUGCAAAUUAGAGGUCCUGGCUGAGCAUCCAAACAUGCUAUCAGUUGCGAGCGAGUCCGAUAAUCUUGAUGCACCUCCUCUGACUCUAAUGAGUGUCUCUCUACGCACUGCUUUCAAUUCGAAGGAGAACAAGCAAGAAAUCCUCGCCAUCAGCGCCAGAAUCUACGAAAAGGUGCUUCUCAGCGACACAACCCCGGCCGAGAAGUUGCCUUGCAGAACAUUCACGGUCAUUCGGCCUCACGGACAGAACUUCCCCCUGGGCUUUGAACAGCUUGCAAGGUCCCGUAAUCGCGGCCUCAUUGUCAUGAAGAAGCAAGAAUCAGAUAUCCUCAGCUUCUUCCUAGCUCAGAUUGACGUUGCCGACCCUGACGUUAUCCUCGGUCACCAGCUUGAAGGUGUUGACUAUAGUGUUCUCUUGAAUCGCUUACAAGAGAAGAAGACGCACCAGUGGUCGAGGCUCGGAAGAUUCAGGAGGACCCAAUGGCCGCAAGCAAUGGCAAAGAUGGGUGGUAGCGUUUUUGCCGAGCGUCAAAUCAUUGCAGGCCGACUUCUUUGCGAUUUGGCGAACGAGGCAGGCAAAUCGGCCAUGUACAAGUGUCAGACUUGGAGCUUGACGGAGAUGUGUAGCCUCUAUCUGACUGGUGACAACCGUCGCCGCGAUGUCGACAACGAGGCUGCGCUCAACAGCUGGGCCAAAGAAAAGCAAGGCCUCGUGGACUACAUCACCCACAUGGAGGCCGACACACAUUAUAUUGCUGCUCUGGCCAUUAGCGUCCAGAUGCUACCGUUGACCAAGGUCUUGACCAAUCUUGCUGGUAAUUCUUGGGCGCGCACUCUGACAGGUACGCGAGCUGAAAGAAACGAGUACAUUCUACUUCAUGAAUUCCAUCGCAACAAAUACAUCUGCCCGGAUAAGCAGACUUUCCGUGGUCGCCAGAAAGCUUCGGAGGAGAACGAGGAAGAAGCGGGAGAGGGCAAGAAAAAAGAUAAAUACAAGGGUGGCCUCGUCUUCGAGCCUGAAAAGGGUCUGUAUGACAAGUUUGUCCUUGUCAUGGACUUCAACUCUUUGUAUCCCUCCAUUAUUCAGGAGUUCAACAUCUGCUUCACGACAGUCGACCGCACUGCCCUGAGCGAGGACGAAGACGCUGUUCCCGAAGUCCCGAAAGAGCAGGAGCAGGGCAUCCUCCCCAAGUUGAUCUCCACGCUCGUUGGACGACGUCGCCAGGUCAAGAGUCUCAUGAAGGACAAGAGCGCGACAGCGGAACAGCUCGCAACCUGGGAUAUCAAGCAGCUUGCCUUGAAGCUCACUGCCAACUCCAUGUAUGGCUGCUUGGGCUAUACCAAGUCAAGAUUCUACGCGCGCCCCCUCGCUGUUCUGACCACAUUCAAAGGUCGUGAAAUUCUCAGGAGCACCAAGGAGCUCGCAGAAAGCAAGUCCCUGCAAGUUAUUUACGGUGAUACUGACUCGGUCAUGAUCAACGCCAAUGUAGACAGUGUCGCCGAUGCUUUCAAGGUCGGCAAUGAAUUCAAAAAGGCCGUCAAUGAGCAAUACCGGCUUUUGGAAAUCGACAUUGACAAUGUCUUCCGGCGCAUUCUGCUACAAGCCAAGAAGAAGUAUGCUGCCAUCAAUCUCGUUGAGAAGGAUGGCAAAUUCAUUGAACAAAUGGAAGUCAAGGGUCUGGAUAUGCGACGUCGUGAAUUCUGCGCCCUGUCCAAAGAGAUUUCCAAGCACCUUCUCGACGAGAUCUUGUCCGGCGCCGAUACUGAGGUUGCUGUUUCGCGAAUUCACGAAUAUCUCAGGGAUAUUGCCACCAAGAUGCGUGAGCAGACCAUUCCUGCUGCCAAAUACAUCAUCUUCACGCAGCUUGGUAAAGGCCCCAAGGAAUACCCCAAUGCCGACUCUAUGCCCCAGGUCCAGGUCGCACUCCGCGAUAUUGCCCGUGGCAAGGUUGUUCGCAGGGGGGAUGUCGUCUCGUAUGUCAUCACAGGAGAUGGCAAUAGCUCCGAGCCACCAGCCAAACGUGCUCGCGCGCCUGGUGACCUCAAAACAGACGCGACGCUGGUUCCCGACGUUGAGUGGUAUCUUGGCAAGCAAAUCUUCCCUCCCGUCGAGCGUCUUUGCGCCAACAUUGUCGGCACCUCAACAUCCCAGCUCGCAGAGCAGCUUGGGUUGGAUGUGCGUAGAUAUAGCUCUCUGCAGACUCAGCAAAACAGCGCCAGUGACGACCUCGAAAUCCACCCUCUCGAGUCUCAGAUUCCUGACGAGGUCCGUUUUGCGGACUGUACACGACUCUCACUUCGCUGCCGCAAGUGCAAGUCCUCGACACCAUUCGAGGGCCUGGCGGCAGCUCCAGAUCGCGUUUCAGCCUCUGGCGUCGUCUGCGGCGCCUGCAACGCCAUCAUCCCCAACAUCUCCAUUGUGGCACAAGUCGAACAUGCCAUUCGUGUUCAGAGUACUCGUUAUUAUGAGGGCUGGCUGGUCUGCGAUGACUCACAAUGUGGAAACCGCACGCGCCAGAUGAGCGUCUACGGCACGCGCUGCCUUGGGCCCAAAGGCCUGGCAAGGGAUUGCCUCGGCCGCAUGCGCUACGAGUACACAGAGAAGGCCAUCUACAACCAGCUUGUGUACUUUGUCAGCCUCUGGGACGUGGAUCGCGCCCGCAAUCGCGUCUCGGCCGCCGACUGCGCGCUGUCCAGCCAAGACCGCGAAAAGGUUCUCGCUCUCGCCGAGCACAACCGCGUGCGCUUCAGCACCGUCAAAGGCGUCGUGGACCGCUACCUCGACAAGUGCGGCCGCCAGUGGGUAGCCAUGGACUCGCUGUUUGCGCGUCUGGGUUUCAACAAGCUCCUCGCCGUGUCAUGA